CUUGGGCUCAGUGGCCGCUAAGACCAAUCCCAAUGCUCCCUCGCAUUCUCAUACGUACAGCCGCUGCUCGAAGCCUACCUCGUGGCAGCCCACUCCUAGGCAUAUCAUCACGAUUGCCUGCACCGUCGACGCCGACGCUACCUUCACGAUCGCUGCCCUUACUUUCGACACUUCCUCCAACUCAUACGGCAUCAUCGACACUGUACGUACGCCGGAUAUCGACAUCAUCACCUCGACGUCAACAGUACUAUGUCCGGUUCGGCGACCCUACGCCCAAGCGCGGCGGCUCCGGCUGGAACUUUGGACGUAAGGAUCCGAAUGGCAAGCUGGACACGCGAACGAAAGUGGUGCUGUAUGUCGCUGCCGGAGGUGUGGCUUACUACGUCGUUCAUCUAGAGCAGGUCCCAGAAACAGGCCGCUGGCGGUUUAUGGACAUAUCACCAAAGUACGAAGCUAAGCUCGCCAAAGAAGCCCGUGCACAGCUCCUCGCAGAGUUCCAUAACAAGACACUCCCACCAAAUCACCCCAUCACGCGACACGUGCACCGUGUCGCGUCCGCCAUCCUCGAAGCUAACGGCCUUGGCACGCUCGAGCAUGACUCGGCUGCUGGCACCGGCACUUCUUCGUCACCCUUUGGCAGGAUAUUCGGGGGAGGCCAAAACGACGAAAGAGGGAACUACGGUGCUGGGGCGGAAGGAGGGUUCGGGCAGGGUGGAGAAGGCGUGUGGAGUUCUGGUCAUACUGGCGAUGAUGGAUUUGCCGGUGGAAAGGGGCCGGGAGGUGCGGGUAGGAAUAAGAAGUGGAACUUAAUUGUGGUGAACGAUCGGAACGUCGUUAACGCUAUGGUCACGUUCGGUAACAUUGUCGUCUUCACCGGUAUCCUUCCGAUAUGCAAAGACGAGCAGGGCCUCGCCGCCGUACUCGGACACGAGAUCGGCCACGAAGUAGCCCGGCACGGCCCCGAACGCUACUCCUCCUCCAAAGUCCUCAUAUUCUUCGCCUUCGCCCUCCAAACCCUCGGCGUGGACCUUGGCAUCUCCAACCUCCUGACAACCCUCCUCCUCGAGUUGCCCAAUUCACGCGCUCAGGAGACAGAGGCCGACACGAUCGGCGUGCGGCUCGCCGCGAAGGCGUGCUACCCCGGCGAGGCGGCCGUCGCGAUGCACGAGCGGCUGGGGAGGCACGAGAAGGCGAACCUUGGAGGCGCGGGAGGGUUCGAGUUUCUGAGGACGCAUCCGACGAGCGAGACGAGGAUGAGACACCUCGAGUCGAUGAUUGCGGAAGCGAACGAUAUUCGCGCUGCGUCGCCGUUGUGCGCAAAUACUAGUGAGGUUUUUGGGCGCUUCCGUGAUGCGCUAGGGUUUGCGGGUUCGAGUUUGGCCCACGGAAGUGAACCUGAGAUGGUGCGGAGAUGGAUGUGAACUCUAGAGGUCAGGAGAUGACGCGGAGAGGCGUAUUCAGGCCGGUCACUGUUUACCGUACUAACGUACACGCAUAUCGAUAUUUACAACCCUCAUCAUAAUGUCAGCGUACUGUCAUAUUACGCAGGUGAGCUUCCCUCGUCCCGCGGCCUGCUGCCCAGUACGCUGCUCUCAG